CUUUUUUGCGGCGAGGCUCCGAGCUGCUUACUCGGCCUACAGAUUGUAAUUGAUUUAUUAGACUUGGCACGUUAUCACGCGCUUGCUACCGUUUCUCGUCGCACGAACGCAAAGAGCUCCUAACAAAACCGCAGAGGAGAAGCCAUCGGUGGCUGCGGCCGAGCUCUAAGCAAAGCCAUGGACCGCCCGCGCGACAGCCAGUGGACCGCGAUCGGCACCGCCGCCGCCGCCGCCGCGGCCGCCGCGGCGAUCCAUCUGGGGGUAAGGAUCCACCGCGAGGCGCGGAAUGACCAGGAGCUCGUCGAAGAGGCGCUGCGCGAGGCGUCCGAGGCCGUGAGCCGCGAAACUUCCAGAAGACGCAAGUCGCAGCAGGAGCCGCGCAGUCCAAGAGCACCGCAGCUGGGAUUAUUAGGUGUGCACAAGGUCGUCGGUGCCGCCUGGACCGGCGGCCGGUUAUUAGUGAUUGGAUCGCUCAUCAACGAAGCCUUACAUCGGGGGACACCUUUAAAGAGAGGCGCCAUCCGCACGUCCCUCGGGCACCUGUUGGAGACGGUCGCGAAGAGCUGCCAGAUCGCGGGAAGCACGGCGAUUGUCGUCAGUGCUACCAUCUCGUUCUCGCUGACGAGACGCGUGGCCGCGCGGUUACUGCGAAGGCGCCGCCAAGCGCGGACGCCCUCGACGUCGACGCUCGAGGGUUUAUUUGCGGGCGCCUUCGAGGAGCUGGGCCAGGAUUUACAUGAGUGGGGCAACAAUCAACCGUUAAAUGACUUCAAGACCCACAGCGAGGGCCACGUGGGCUGGUUGCUGCGCGAGCCCGAGGCGCCGUUGCUCGUCGACCAGACGGCGCAGUUCCACGCGAAGUUGCGAGAACUUGGGAGGAGGAAGGACGGCGUCGUGACGCGGAAGUUGUUGAUAGACGUUUUUGGCCUGCCGCCACAACAGGGCGGCUGGGACGGCGUCUCCGUGUUGUUGAUUCCUGGAUUGUGGACGAAGUGGUACCCGUUGUACUGGGUCCACCUCCGGCAGGCUCGACGCCGUGUGGAAAUCAACCAGUGAGUUAGGUUAUCACAUGGACAACGUCGCGUCGAUGGCGUGGGGCGCCUGAAAUUUGAUUUCCGCACAGGCCCUGGACCAUUGUGCGAUCGACUACCACUUCUCGCGAUGCGACUCGGACGCGACAAGUGCAGAAAACUCGCUAGUUGUCAAGAAAGAGAUCGAACAGUUACUAUCUUCGUCGUCGCGAAGCGUUUUAAUAUAUGCCCACUCGAAGGGCGCUUUGGAUGCUGCCAGUGUUGUCCACGACUUGGAACCACAGCAAAAAGCGAGGCUGUGCGGCUUCGUGGCAUGCCAGGGGCCCUUCGGCGGCGCGAUCACGGCCCACGACGCGAUCCGGACGAGAGUACUAUCAUCGAUCCUGGAUACGUUGUUCGGUAGAUUACUAAGAGGCGCUGGAUUGGGCGCCGUCGCCGACCUCACCUACGACGCUAGGAAAGAAUACUACAAGAAGCACGCCACGAGGUGGUGGGUGCACCCCGCGCUUCGGGGAGAUACUGGCAAUGAUUGGGUGCCCACCGUCUGCUUAUGCGCCGCCGCAACCCAUGAACCGGCAGCAUUACUCUCGCCAGUAGUAGAAUACUACCGGUACCGCUAUGGUAGAGAUAGAGGCGGCGCCGUCGACGGGUUAUGCGCCAGGACGGACACGGCCUUACCGGGCGCGACCUGCGUUUUCCUCAGUGACAUGGACCAUUUUGGGCCGGCCUGGACGGGCUUCCCGGCGAUGGACCGCUACGACAGCGUCGACGUCUUCUUCGUGCUGUCGGCGUUGGCCUUCCAUCGGACGGCGACGGCGAAUCGACAGGCGCGCAAGCUCCGGAUGCGUCCUCCACGUAAACAGCGGAUCGAGGACGCGGACGACCUCGCGUUCGAGGCCGACGUCUCGGAGGGGUUCGCGACCGAACUCGAAGAUGAAGAACCUUCUGGUUUGGCGCGGAUCGCGUCGUGGGGGUUCUUCGCUGGCUAGUCGUUGUGUGUAAAAGGAAUCUAUCGUGAC